CGCCCCCCGCCCGCCCCGUCCCCUCCCCGGCGCGGGGUGGCCGCACGCCGAGCCCCGAGCGUGGCCAUGGAGCCCCCGCCGCCCGGCGGCUCGCCCUCCGCCUCCUCCUCCUCCUCCGCCGGCUCCUCCGGGGCGGCGGGCGGCGCCGAGACCGAGCGGGGGCCGCCGCCGCUGGGACGCCGGCACAGCAACAAGCGCUUCACCGGCCUCAGGCUCUUCGGGCGCAGACUCCACCUGCCCCACAAAGGUGUCUUCCCUUGUCUCCAGGGCAGCCAGCCCAGACGAUGGGGAUCCAGGAGGAUAAAGCACCGGCCAGCGGUGUAUAACCACCAUCUGGGUGUGAUGGAAAACUUUUUUAGGCGGCACUUUGGGAGGAAGGGUCUGCGGCAUGCCAGCGCAGUGGCAGUGCCCACAGGCAAGGCCAGGCGACGCUCCCAAGUGGGGCUGCCCUCUGCCUCGCUGUCCCAGAGCCGCCACGGCUUGGGCACACCGCUGCCAGCCUUCUCCUGCCUGGGCCUGACCCGGCACCCUGGCCCCCGCCGCCGCUCCAGCACCACGCCGCCCUGCCUCAGCCCCAGGUUUGCAGUGCAAAUGAAGCACGGAGGCCAGGCACGAGCCAUCGAUGCCCACCUGGUGGGUCCCUCCAUCCUCCUGGCAAGCCUCAUCCCCACUGGAGAGGAGCAGGAUGGAGUGCCCUGCACCAGCAGCUCCAGGUCCGAGUCUCCAGGGGAUGGUGUGGUGGUGGGAGCUGAGCAGAUCCGGUGUGAGCGCUGGGCUGAGGAGAGGUGGCUGGCCAUGCUGCCCCAGCUGCGGCCACUUCAGUCUAGGCUGCUGUCACGGGGACCCCGCUGCCUGCGACGUGCCUCCUCCCACCGCCUGCCCACUGAGUUCAUGCAUGGCCGGUCUACCUACGGCUUGCCAGGCCACUACCGCCGCCUCAGCCAGCGCCGCCGCUCCAGUGAUGUCCCCCGGCCUGGGCUGGUCCCCUCCAGCCACCUACGGCUGCUGGCUCAGCACUGCAUGGGGGCAGCUGGAGCCAGGCACCCCUCUGCCGCCUUUCCCGAGUGCUUGGGAUUGGAGUCUGCCUGCCGCACCUCCCCGGAUGGUUGGAGCCCCCGGCUGCUGAAAGCUAUUGCUAAGUCCAGCCUCCAGCACAUGGUAGCCCAGCCAAACCCUGCGUUAGCCCUGAGGAGCGACUCAGAGAGGCAGAUACGCAGCACUGUGGACUGGAGCGAGACUGCAGUCUAUGGGGAGCACAUCUGGUUUGAGACCAACGUCUCUGGAGACUUCUGCUACGUUGGGGAGCAGAACUGUAUGGCAAAGCUGCUGCAAAAACCUCUCUCCAGGCGUAAGUGUGCAGCCUGCAAGAUCGUAGUGCAUACACCUUGCAUCGAACAGCUGGAGAAAAUUAAUUUCCGCUGCAAACCUUCCUUCAGGGAGUCAGGAUCCCGGAACGUACGGGAGCCCAUCGUUGUCCGGCAUCACUGGGUACACCGGCGACGACAGGAAGGGAAAUGUCGGCAGUGUGGCAAGGGUUUCCAGCAGAAGUUUGCCUUCCACAGUAAAGAGAUUGUAGCCAUCAGCUGUUCCUGGUGCAAGCAAGCGUAUCACAGCAAAGUGUCAUGUUUCAUGCUGCAACACAUAGAAGAGCCUUGCUCUCUGGGGGCUCAUGCUGCUGUCGUUGUUCCUCCCACCUGGAUUCUGCGGGUCCGGCGGCCCCAGAAUCCACUGAAAUCUAGUAAGAAGAAGAAGAGGACAUCGUUCAAGCGGAAAUCCAGCAAAAAGGGUGCUGAGGAAGGGAGGUGGAAACCCUUUGUCAUCAAGCCCAUGCCAGCUCCUCUCAUGAAGCCCUUGCUGGUGUUCGUGAACCCCAAGAGUGGUGGGAAUCAGGGAGCCAAGAUCAUCCAAUCCUUCAUGUGGUAUCUCAACCCACGGCAAGUUUUUGACCUCAGCCAGGGUGGACCCAGGGAGGCGCUGGAGCUGUACCGCAAGGUCCACAACCUCCGGAUCUUGGCAUGCGGGGGAGAUGGCACGGUGGGCUGGAUACUCUCCAUUCUGGACCAGUUACGCCUCAAUCCACCUCCUCCUGUGGCAAUCUUACCUUUGGGGACAGGGAAUGACUUGGCCAGGACGCUGAACUGGGGUGGGGGUUACACAGAUGAGCCUCUGUCCAAGAUCCUGUCACAUGUGGAAGAUGGGAACAUUGUGCAGCUCGAUCGUUGGAACCUCCACGUGGAGCCAAACCCUGAUGCGAACCCUGAGGAGAAGGAUGAGGCAGCCACUGAGAAGCUCCCCUUGGAUGUCUUUAAUAACUAUUUCAGCCUUGGUUUUGACGCACGGGUGACGCUGGAGUUCCAUGAAUCCCGAGAGGCCAACCCAGAGAAGUUCAACAGCCGGUUUCGGAAUAAAAUGUUCUAUGCUGGGACGGCUUUCUCCGACUUCCUCACGGGGAGCUCCAAAGACUUGGCAAAGCACGUCAAGUUGCUUUGCGAUGGAACAGACCUGACCUCCAAGAUCCAGGACCUGAAGCCCCAGUGCCUGGUUUUCCUGAACAUCCCCAGGUACUGUGCAGGCACCACGCCCUGGGGCAAUCCUGGGGAGCACCACGACUUUGAGCCGCAGCGCCAUGAUGAUGGCUGCAUUGAAGUUAUUGGCUUCACCAUGACAUCCCUGGCUGCCUUGCAGGUUGGUGGCCAUGGGGAGCGGCUGUGCCAGUGCCGGCAGGUGGUUCUCACCACGUCCAAGGCCAUCCCCAUGCAAGUAGAUGGAGAGCCCUGCAAGCUGGCACCUUCCUGUAUCCAGAUCUCCCUACGCAAUCAAGCCAACAUGGUGCAGAAGACCAAGCGGCGCAACUCCAUGCCUCUGCUCAAUGACCAGCAGCCAGUGCCUGAGCGGCUGCGGAUCCGAGUGAGCCGAAUCAGCAUGCAUGACUACGAAGCACUGCACUAUGACAAGGAAAAGCUGAAGGAAGCCUCUGUGCCACUGGGGAUCAUCGUGGUUCCAGGAGACAGCGACCUGGAGUUAUGCCGAACCCAAAUUGAGAAGCUUCAGGAGGAUUUUCUUCCACAGCCCUCUGCUUUAGAGCGCCUGCUCCUUCAGGAGGGAGAUGGAGCCAAACCAAAGACACUGUCAUCCCAGAAACUGUCGCCCAAGUGGUGCUUCCUGGACUCAACCACAGCUGAUCGGUUCUACAGGAUAGACCGCGCACAGGAGCACCUCAACUAUGUGACAGAGAUCUCUCAGGAUGAGCUCUACGUGCUGGACCCUGAGCUGGUGAUCACCCAGACUGUGGGCACCUCUCCUGCUAUGCCUGACAUUGUUGACUUGUCCGCCACACCUACUGGGCACCAUUUUGCAUUCCCCUCAUCUUCCUCCUCUCCACCCCUGUCUCCUGCCCCAAGUGCUGAUCCUGAGUGCUACAUGCCACACAAAGACGACCCUCUGAUAGAAGCUGCUAGGAGCGGCAACUUCAGCAAGUUCCAAGAGCUGCACCGUGCUGGGAGAGACCUGAUGGUGCGAGACUCCUCGGGCCAGACCGUCCUUCACCAUGCUGUCAAAUCGGGGAGGAAGGACAUCGUUAAAUACAUCAUUGACAAUGCCCCUUCAGAAAUCCUUGAUGCCACGGAGGAGGAGAAUGGCGAAACCAGCUUGCACCAGGCUGCCGCCUUACGCCAGCGCACUAUCUGCCACUACAUCGUGGAGGCUGGGGCUUCACUCAUGAAGACGGACCUGCAGGGAGACACCCCCAAGCACCGGGCUGAGAAAGCCAAUGAUCCUGACUUAGCUGCCUACCUCGAGAACCGACAGCACUACCAGAUGAUCCAGCGAGAGGACCAGGAGACAGCUGUGUAGUGCUCGGUGUGCCUUAGCCCAAGCCAGCUUGGGCAGGACAAGGAGAGGAUGACAGCAACUGGCAGAGCUGCGAGCCUGGCCCAGCCCUCCUUAGAUGACAACCUGGAAGAGCUCUACCCCAGGCUGGGCUGGGACUCUGUUUAUGAGGACAGCGAGUAUUUGGGACUUGAAGCCUGGCUCUUUGUGUGUACCCCUCUUCGCCCUCAUCUACCACAUUCCCUGCCCAAGAUAGGCGCCAUCCUGCAGCCCUGUUAGGGCUUCAGCCUGGACUGCCUUAGGUCACCCUUGUGCGCGGGAGCGAUGCCAGUGCCCCACCCCCACCCCUCCAGUCACCUGCCUAUGAUCCUUGUGGGAUAUUGUUGCUCACCCCUUCUCCCUGCCAGCAGUGCCCCUCCUUUAGAUGCAUGUUCAUGCCCUGUUCCUCCUCUCCUGUCUGGCACAGCCACGGGAGGAGCAGACUAUGCAGGCAGACAGCUGAGACAGAAUUUGCCCCAGUAGAAGCAAAGAUGAUUUGCUACCACUGCCUCCUUUUCCCUCUUGGCUGUUUGGGGCUGUUCCGGGUCUCUCUGGCCCUACCAGGACCUUCUGUGGCAGGAGGGUAAGGUGCUGGUGCACCCAGCCUUUCCUCAGAGCGUCUGGGGCUGGUGCAACUGGAAGCAGCAGAGCUACUGCCCUCCCAGUUGCCUUUAGUGUUCAGCCAGUUGGCAGUCUACCCUGAGGCAGAGAAGGGAGACUAACAAGCCCUCCCACCAUCCUUCCCUCCACAGGGCUGGGUAGGGCAGCCUACAUCCCUGAUGUCUGCUGGGCAUCUCUGCAUGAGCCUGCUGCAGCACGUAGCUGUGGUGGAGAGCUGUGCUUAGCCUGGGCGCUGGCUGCAAUGGUGCCUGUUGUAUUUCCCAAAUGCUGACUUGGAUCUGGCUGCUCUCCCUGCUUCAGCUCCUUCCCCAAUGCUAGCCAUUGCACUGGGCUGGAGGGGCAUUGCUGGGAUCGGUUGUUCUCAGGGAUCACCCCAUGCCCCUCAACCUGUCAACAUGCGUCUUACGAGUCUGACUCCUGCCAUCCCCCAAACUGGACGCAGGGCUUUGCAGGGAAAACUUGGGAGCUUGCCCAGCCCAGACCCAAGCUCCCUGGGUAGGUCACCGGCUCGUCCUUUCCAGUUUUAGCAGAAAGAGGGAUUUGGAUGCAUAGGAAGUAUCGGGGCUUACAGCCCUGAAUCAUGCCUGUGAAUGGAUGGCAUUUCACCUACCACCUGCCAUGGGGCACCAUGACCUCUCUUACCUAUGGGUGCUGAGCAUCCACAGUGAUAUCAAGCCAGCCCUUCAGCGACAUGUUUGCAGCACUGUCAGUCACUGGUACCAGGAGGUGCCAGCAGGGGUUAGAGGUAGGGUUAGGCUGAUGACUCUGGACCUUGCAGACCUUGCUUUGCCAUUUUGGGUGGGCAGCAGUUGUGAAGCGGAUUGCUGCUCACAGCUUGGGUCCAAGGAGAGGAUGCUGCUGAUGCAUGGGGUCUGUACGGUCCCACCUGCACUCACACCCAGCUGUGCCGGCUGGGUGGCACCGUUCAAAUCUCUCCUAAUACCAAAACCAAAAAAAAGGUAUGAGGAUACCACAGAGAACCAGAAUACCCUUCAUGUUUUUUGGCUGGGAGGCAGAGUUCCCUUGGAGAAUGGGGUGUGCUGUGGUGGGGAACAGAGGCACAGUGCAGUGCAAAGUGCCAGGGGGCAGCAGCAGGACUCGCCAUUAAUAACAGUAGCACCCCAACAUGUUCAGAGCUGGGAUGCUCCAGCAGCACCCAGAAUUCCCAUUAGCACUGCUCACUGGCCACCAACAGACAAGGCAUUGUCAUUUUGUCAAAGGUGCAAACUGUUCCCCCCCUAGCCCAGUCCACAGGCCUUUACAGCCCCAGCUUCCCCAUUUCUCCCUGGUUUUGUAUCUUCCCUUAUAGUUUUUGUACAGGUAGUUAAGAGACACACUGUCCCCCUCCCCACCAUGCGCGUGUGAGCUGAGUUGCUGUGCAAUUCCAAGCCUGGCUUGUAUUUCAGUGAGAGUGGAGGGGGUGUUGGUCGCCCUGCCGGUGGACGGCAGGAGUUCUGUGCAAUACCUGGGUCUGUGUUUUCUAGUUGCUGUUGUAGGACUGUAUUUUUGUAACUCUGUAAGGGUACCAGCUCUGACAGGCUAAGAGCCUGGCAUGAGCCUGCAUUCCCAUCGCUUUUUUGACUUGGACUGUUUGGAUGUUGUUUCUUGCCGCUGAAAUAAAGAGAUGGAUGUUUUA